AAAACAUAAAAUAAUCCGUACCAAAAUUCAAAUUCAAAAUCCUCCGCUCUCUCUCCAACGGUCAGAUUUCCGCAUUAUGCCCUUACAUGUUCUCAAAUCUUGACUAUAAAACCUUAACCAGAAACUCCAAUCCUUCAUACAUCAUACCGCCUCCAUUCCACCCAUUUCUAUUACAUUAAACCCUAAAUCUCUCUACUUCAAAAAACCCCCUAAAUUCUCUCUUUACACUACAUCUAUUUUCUAUCUCUUCAUCUUCAAUUUUUCGCGUUGAAGAACAAGUCAAUGGAUUUCACUACUUUGAAGAGACGUGACCUUCAAUCUUUGUGCAAGAAGAACAAUAUUCCUGCUAAUCUCACCAAUGCUGCCAUGGCCGAUGCUCUAGCUUCUCUUUCUACUGUUGAAGGAAUCGAUGAAUAUUCAGGAAUCCCACAAACUGAAGUCCAGGGAUCACCUGAAAGAUCUGUGAUUGGCUCACCUAAUGCACAACACCAAACCACCACGCGUCAAAGAGUCUCCAAUGAAGAGCUUGAAAGCUCGAAAGUGGCUACACGAACUGGACGUGGAACCAGAACUAGAGUGGUUGAAGGAACUGAUACUAAGAAGACUCCAGCCACACGUACGACGCGGAAAAGGGCAUGUCAGGAAGCAUCAAUCAAGAAUAAAAUGGAGAAGGAUCUGCAAGCUGAGUUUGAGGCUGAUUUGGACCAAUCUGAAGUUUCAGAGAAAAAUGUUCUUCCUGAAAGCGAACUUGAACAAAUCUCUGAAGAGGUUUCAGAAGUUACUGUAGAGACUGAAGUACAAGCGCUAUCAGAGAGCCAAAAUGAGGUUGGGCAAGUUGAUAAUGGGCAAAAAGUCAUUGGUGUGGAUGACUGCAAAGAGAGCCAAGAAGAACAGAAUGUGAAUAUGGUACAAGAAGAUUCUGCAAACACGUUUGAUGACAAUAAGGAAGUGGACUUUCAUAGCUUCUGUAGAAAGAACCUCCAAAUCCUUUGUAAGAAGAACAAGAUACCUGCCAACAUGAGCAAUGCUGCAAUGGCUGAUGCUCUUAAGUCUCUGGAGAUCGUUGAAGGUUUGCACGAGUUAAUCGAGGAUUGUGACUCUCAAGCUUUAUACUCACCUAUGAUGUCAGGAAUUGCUUCAUCAUGUGCUCGUCGAUCAAGGACCUCUCAGAAAACCAUGAAGGAAGAACCAUGGAGCUCAAAGCUGAAUGCUAAAUCAUGUCGUGGUUCAAGGAGAAGGUUAUUAGAAGAAAAUGAACAAAAAUAUAAUGUUGUGCAAGAAAUUAUAGCUGCACCAAGUGUUCUCCCAAUGGUGAGUGAGGCUGGUUCUGCUAUCAUUGAUUGUGAGAGCCUUCAGGAAAAGGAAGAUAGUGCAGUGCGCAAGAGUGAGCAAAAGAAAUUGGUGAACUCAAUUGUGGACAAUAGGGAAUGUCCUCCCACAUCCAGUGAUUAUGAGGUUGACAGUCCAAAGUCUUGUGAAAUUUCAGGUGAAAAUGAUUAUCUCAAUGCGAAGAAACUGAAGGAUCUAGAAGAAACAGUUUCUGAGAUGGAUGAAAAUGCUAAAGAUGAUACUGUAGCAAGUUCAGAGAAUGAUUUGGACCCCCAGGCAGUGGUUAAAAUUUUCAGCAAUGAUGAGGAACCGGAUUUCGGUUCAGAAAAUGGUGAAUUUACCAAUAUUCAAAAAUCAAGCAACAUGGAAAAUGAUGCUGAUAGUGAAUCAGAUGAUCUGGUCACUGCUCCUCAUUCUGCUACAGAACAAAUGUCUAGAGAGAUUGUUUCUGAGUCAACUAUUCAAGCUGAUCAAAUUUUCAGUUUGGAUACCAACAUGGAUAGUAGUUCAGAGAAUAUACAGUUUGAAAAAGUACUCACAUUUUCAGUGAAUGCUGCUGCACAUUCUGGAUCGGCUGAACGUGAUGGUAGUAGCCAUGUAGAAGAUGAGUUGUCUGUAGAAUCUAAUACUGAGCCAACUAUUAAAGCUAACAAAACAAGUUCAGAAGUGAACGUGGAAGGAGAAUCUGAAACUAGCUACACAGAAGAAGAGAUUUCUGGUAAACAGAUUCAGGAAAAAAGUUUGGAGAGUGAUUCUGAAAGUAGCUGCACUGAAGAAGAGGACUUUGGUUUUGAGUCAACUUCUCAAGAUCAAGUUAGUCUUGAAACUAAUGUUGACAUUCUAUGUGAAAAGAUUCAGCUCGAGAAACUGGACACGACAAACGUUUCUGCCCCAGACAGCAAUGUUCUAAUUUCCAACAAUUUAGAGCUCACUACUCGGACUGAUUUAUGCUCAUCGACAGAGAUGAAUCCACUUGAGAAAGUGGACACAUCAAUUGAUUUUGCUAACGAUGCUUAUACAGAAGAUCUGACUUCCAGAAAGUAUGGUGAGACACCUUUGCCUCAGAAAAGUAUGCGAAAAUUGAGGAAGUUGCUCAAGGAGAAACUUCAGGGGCGAAAAGCUCAGAUGGAAAAAUUGGAGAAGAGACUGGAGGCGUUGACCUUGGAAGAGACUAAAAGCGCAAUGGCAAAGGGGGAAGGUCUUCGGGUGGAGUCUGAGUUGUCUGGAAAUGAAAAUCCAAUUCCUCAAAUGGUCCUUAAUGAAAAAGCUGUUGAGGGUCACAUUGAAAAAUCAGAAGAUACCAAGGAUGGGGUGAAUAAUUCUGAUAUUGAUGCUAAAACACUUCUGCCAGUUGAUGUUGUGACUGAUAACAUCAGUGGUAGUACAUACCCCCCACAAUCAACACCAAGCAAGUUUUCAAGGACGUCACUGAUGUUUACGACUCCAACUAAAACGGCAAAGUCAGCUGAAAGGAAGAACUGUGUUUUGGAUGUCAACAAGGAGAACAUUGACAGCAGUGCUAACAAAACUGAACCUGGAAAAAUCAAAAUUGUUGUUACUGAUUCUGCUAUGAGCUUGGGGAAGCUGAAAAAGGAAUGCAAAAUGCACCAGCAGUCGGAGAAGAAGAGGACGCCAUUGCAGUCAUAUUCACAAAACAAUCGCCGCCUUGGCUAGAAUUCACUCAAGGGGACAAAUACAAAAACAAUCUCAAAUGAUGCUGUUUCAUGGACUUGGGAGGUUAAAACCUUUGGUUUGCCUUCUUGUAGCUGUGGUUUUUAUUUUUCUUUCUUUGAUAAACUAAAUAUGUAGUCAACAGUGUUUGUUGAUGUUAAGCCAUGAAAGGCUUAAAUAUGUGGUUGUGAUAAACUAAAUCUCAAAUUUUUGAUAAAGGCAAACUCAAUGUAAGCGCCAUAUUGGCAAUGCAAAUUUUUAAAUGCAACAUCUACAUAUUGAAGAUACUA